AAUGUUAAUGAAUUGUCAAUGUCAAAUUACUUAUUGUCGGGAUAAAUUUGAUAGGUACUCUUUAAGCCAAAUUGUGUUAAAAAAUGGCAUUGGCUUUAAUAAGAAAAGCCGUUUUAUCUAAUCCCAGUUCCUUGCGCAAAACUGUUGGAAUAUUUUGUAAUGCCGCAAGAAACCAUUGGAACUACCAAUACAAGCCUGGACCAUAUCCUAGGACCCAAGCAGAAAGAGAAGCUGCUGCAAAGAAAUAUGGGCUAACUAUCGAAGAAUAUCAACCUUAUCCUGAAGAUAUGUGUUACGGAGAUUAUCCAAAAAUGCCAGAUAUUGGUGCCGAUUCUAAAGAUCCAUCGUAUCCCUAUGAUUCGCCGGAAUUAAAAAGAAAUUUUAAUGAAACGUUUCAUGCACAAGCUGAAAUAUUUGGAGAGGAUCGCUAUGAUAUAAGCAUGAGGCCUAGACUUCCUGUAUUAACACAAUUGACAUGGUUUUUGUGUACAGUCACAGGCAGUUUCCUUUUGUACUUUUACUUAGAAGAUUAUAAGUUUGGAAGACCUGUAACUGCUAAGCAAUAUCCACAAGAUGGUCCACACUACUUGUUCAGCCCAAAGUAGGAAAAUAAGUAGGUAACAGGUUUCAGUGUAGUGUUUUGAAUUAUAGUUCAAUCAAUAAAAUUCUGUUAUCAAAUAGAUUUGUUUUAUAAAUUUA